ACAAUGACCGCGACCGGAUUUACAGAGCGGAUUUCGUUCUUCUGUCGUCGAUUGGUUCCCCGCGCGCCGUACUGGCGAGCGCAUACUUUCUCCCGGGGAAUGUACGGCCGUAGCGGUUGUGCGUGGAGCCGCGUCCCGCGAAGGCCGAUUCGGCUUUCUAGUCGCGUUUCCGCUCGUUUCCGCCUCGAGAGACGGUGUGAUCGACGUAGUCUAGCAAGGGUUCACCGCGAUACAACACGCGGUAUAUCGACGGCUCAUCGUCUUCCGUUGAUUGUCACCGUGCGUUAAUCGCGCGCGAGGCGAUCACUUCGGAUUACUCACCCGCGGAUACGAUCCACCUCGGCUGAUUAUGAGCAAUGAGUCACCGCGGUUGCACGUAGCCUCUCGAUCGUCUGUCCAUUCCGUCAGCCUUUUCGCGACCUCGUGGACCUAGCUCCUGGUAAAAGUCAGCGACACGCUUCGGAGCACUCGGAGGAAGAUGAAGCGAUGGCAGGUGUCGUGAGAAAGAGGGGAACGAGUGCCUUCGUGACGUUUCUAGGAUGCUUGCUCUUUUUUCACGCUUACGCGCAAGAGGAUAACGGUGAAAAAUACAAGGGAAAAUAUCUGGGAAAGUUAAAUCCGUAUCAUCAUCAAGUUUCCGGCGAUGUUUGGGCCGUGAACCAGUACACUUUGCUGCUGACAUCUUUUAAUUACGAUGGUAAUGGAGCCGACACAUUUUUUUGGGCGGGCGCAUCGAACAGACCAGGCCCGCAGGGAUUUAUCGUUCCCGAUGAGUGGGGCAAAACAAACAUACUGGAUCGAUACUUUAACAAGGAUUUCACACUGACCUUACCGGACAAUAAGAAAAUAACGGACAUCAAGUGGUUUGCAGUGUACGAUUUAGCGAGUCAGAACACUUUCGGCGAUGUUUACAUUCCGGAGGAAUUCGACCCACCGGCACCUCAAAAGAUAUCACAGCUAUCGCGGAGAUCUCAUAACGUUUCGUCAGACCCCAUUGUGAUCCUGGACUCGAAAACCAUCAGCAUUCCGCAAUUCAUCUAUGACGGACAAGGCGUGGACACGUAUUUCUGGAUCGGUCUUGGCCCGCAACCAUCCAGCAAGGGUCAAAAAGUGCCCGACGAAUAUGGAUACAUGGAUUCUCUUAGAGCAUAUAACAAUCAGGACAUUAUAUUAGAGUUGCCAGGAGAUAAGACUGUGUUCAACAUAGAUUGGUUGAGUGUCUUCGACGUAAAGACCAAAUCCAAUUAUGGUUCUGUCAUUAUACCCGACGGGCUCAACGUACCACCCUCGUUGAUAAAAGUCAUCAAGCAAAGCCAAUCCCUCCCGAAUUGCGUCCAGCUGCACAAACGAUAUCAAGUCGCUUGGGAGAUCUUCGGCCCACAGAUAACUAUCCAGUUGGCUGGUCAAGUCGCCGAGGACGAAUACAUGGCGUUCGGUUUAUCUGGUUCAGAAGAGUCCAGCCGAAUGGAAGGUGCGGAUGUGGCCAUCGCGUAUAUGGAUGACACACGAGGAUACGCCACAGACUACAAUAUCACAGCCAAGGCACCGUGUGGGAAAGUUCUCGGUCAGUACAAAGGAGUCUGCAGAGACGAACUUCUCGGCGGUUUGGAUAGCAACCAGCUCUACACCGCGGUGAGAGAAGAUGGCAUCAAUACCAUCACGUACAGACGUACCCUUAUUUCGUCCGAUGUCGGGGACAAAGAUUUUCCCACGGAUAAACCUGUUUACGUAGUUUGGGCUUUGGGCAGGCUCGAUAAAACUAACAAUGAACCGAGCUUCCACGAUGUGUAUCCCAGAAGUGAUUUGAUGCUCGAGUUGAGUCGCAAAGAGCCAGAGAAUACCUGCAUCGACUUCACAGAGUAUAACGACAAGAUCUUCCCAAGAGAAUCUUGGCAGAAAACAGAGAUAUUCGACAGAAAUGUCAGAACUUUCAAAGCGACCAUCGGACCUUCCGGAGGAAAACGGGGGUAUCAAGGAAUUACAGGUAAACCAUCGCCGGGUCUCGCCUGGUACAUCGAAGGUGCGUUGAUACCCGAGUUAUAUCUACGUCGAGGUUUGACGUAUAGCUUUCGCGUCCAUGGGGGAAACAAUCCGCACAGUGCGGAUCUGUAUCAUCCAUUGAUAAUAACCGACGAACCUCAUGGAGGAUAUGACACGCUCAGCGAUCUUGCGCAAAGCAAGGUCAGGGUUUUAGCUGGCGUUGAACUGACUAGAAGAGGUCGGCCACGACCAACUGCAGUUGGGCCGCUUUGCUUAAGCAAAUAUAAGAAUCGAGAUAGAAGACUGGACGAUAAUUUCCCAUCAUUUCAAAAAUUCAAUCGGACCCUCGUUCAAGUCUGCGAGCCAGGAGAAGGCGGUACCUUGGUAAUAACUCCAAAUUCAUCAUGGCCCGAUCUGGUUUAUUAUCAUUCCUUCACACACGCAAACAUGGGAUGGAAGAUUCACGUGGUUGAUUCUUACACGAGGAAUGGUGCGAUCAUGCAUAAGUUAUCGUUUUUUGUCGCAAUUGUGAUUGUACUUCUCAAUCUCUUACAAAGUUAAACAUAAAUCGUAGAAAAAUGUUCAUAUAAGAUUUUUCAACUCACAUAAGGAUGCGGUUAAGUCAUUUUUGAUAAAUUAUCGAGCCUUACAUUUUAACAAUGUACGUAUAUCCAUGACACAACAUAAAAACGCUACAUUGCUGUGCACUGAUUUUAUUGAAGAAUUAAGAAAUUAAUACAAUAGUUCCUACAAUUAGCUCUGCAUUCCUUACAAAUUUGAAUGAUUUUUAUAUUAGACGGAUUAUAAUCAAUUUUAUUUAUGUUUCUCUUUCUUCGAUAUAAAGAAUAUUUUUCAUAUUUAAAGAGAUGGAUAAAAUAAUCAAAGGAUGUUAUAUAAACGUCCUUAAGUUGUUGCAAUAACUUUUUAUUUCGUGUAUCGUUAAUUAGACUAAUUGUGAGCACAUAAAAAACAACAUACAUUAGAUGUGCAACGCGUCAUGUUCGUUAUUGAACAAUGAGAUCGACACAAGUAUUAUUUCUAAUAUUUAUGCUUAAUAUUUAUGUGCCAAUUGUAAUAAUCCAAAUAUCUUUUUGAAAAUUGUUAAGUUUUGCAGAUGCAAAUCGCAUUAGGAUAUACAAAAACAUCGUUUAUUUCAACUAUCAUGUGUGUAUUUAUAUAACGCAGCACAUCCUCUCAAUUUUGUAUUAACAUUCUCGCUCGCAUUUUAUAAUUAUGUAACACAAUAAAUCGUAAUUUUUAUUCUUUUUUUUUAUAUUUGUGAUAGCCUCACACAUAUGUGUGUUGUUAAUGCAAUAAAAAUUUUUGGAUUCUUAUACAAAA